CGGGGCGGGGCGGUGGCGGGCGCCGGAGGAGGGGGGGCGGCGCGGGGUGACCCCGCUCGGGCGGCGGCGGCAUGGACCUGGGGGCCAUGAGGAUGGGCUACCGGGGGGCGGAGGAGGCGUUCGAGGAGCGGCAGCUGGCCGCCCGCGACCCGGUGGCGCAGUUCGGGGCCUGGCUGGCGGAGGCGCUGCGGUGCCCGGCCGUGGGCGAGGCCAACGCCAUGUGCCUGGCCACCUGCAGCAGGGACGGGAAGCCCUCGGCCCGCAUGGUGCUGCUGAAGGGCUUCGGGCAGGACGGCUUCCGCUUCUUCACCAACCGCCAGAGCCGCAAGGGCAGGGAGCUGGACUCCAACCCCUUCGCCUCGCUCGUCUUCUACUGGGAGCCCCUCAACCGCCAGGUGCGGAUCGAGGGCUCGGUGAAGCGGCUGUCAGAGGAGGAGUCGGAGCAGUACUUCCACUCCCGCCCCAAGAGCAGCCAGAUCGGGGCCGUCGCCAGCCGGCAGAGCACCGUCAUCCCGGACAGGGAGGUGAGCGGCGCGGGGCCGGCCGGUCCCCAGCAGUGCGGGGAGCGACCAGCGGGGCCGGGGCUCCGUCAGCAGCCGGGAUCCUGCCCCUGCCGCGCUCCAGCCCCGUCCCCUUCCUUCCCCGCAGUACUUGAUGAAGAGGAACGCCGAGCUGGAGGAGAAGUACCGGGACGCGCCGGUGCCGAAGCCGGAGGACUGGGGAGGCUACAUCCUGCAGCCCGACGUGGUGGAGUUCUGGCAGGGCCAAACCAACCGCCUGCACGACCGCAUCGUCUUCCGGCGCCUGCGGGACGGCGCGGACCCCCCCGGGCCCAUGACACGGCGCGGCGAGGGCGAGUGGGUGUUCGAGCGCCUCGCCCCCUGAGGCUGCGCCUGUGCCCGGCCGCUCGCCCGAUCGGCGGCGUUACCUGUGCCAAGUCUGCUGCGUGCCCCCCCCGUGUCCCCGCCGUGCCCCGGGAGCGGUGGCCUCGCUCUGCCCUGCCCGAGAAACUCGUGGUGGGCUUCGGGGUGCCCGGGAGCCCGGCCCGGCCCCAGGACCCUGCAAUCCCCUCGUGUCUGCUGCAGGCAGGGGCUGGCCGGUCCCACAAACCCCCCGCUUCCCCCCGCCAGCACGUGGGGAGCAAUUGCUCCUGGGGCUGCCGGUGGCUAAUUAAUCGUGGUAAUGACUUAAUUAAUUAUGGUAAUGACUUGGGGACCGGGAAAGAGCCCUGUGAAUCCCCUGCCCUCAUCCUGUGCUGCUGGGACCAAUCGAGCCUCGUGUUUUAGCUAGAGCCGCGCCGUUCGCUCAGUCCGUGCGAUAAUUUAUGUAACUGUGGCUUUGUCGCCGCGGGUGGCCGUGGCCGGCUGCGUGUUGUCUCCUGCGUGCCCUGCCUCGGCGGGGCGCUGGGCCCCCGGCCUGUGCCCUGCCUGCUCCUGCGCUGCUUCCUCCCUGCUCGGGAGCAAUAAAUGCCGAUCGAGCGGA